AUGUUUGCUAUAGUUUUGCGAGGGCCCAUGGGUGUGCCGGUACACGAGAGUUCGAGAGAGAGAGAGAUUGAGGGCCGCAAUUGGGGUGAUCUUUAUUGUAACAUGUGGCUUACUAUGGGGAUAUUGAAGGGACUAGGAAGCAAUAAGACGAGAGAGAGGUGUCCUCCGCUUCACAGGAUCGCUUCUUUGUUCCUCGACAAUGGCAUUCUUGUUGCUAGUAUGGAGGAGGAUGCUUGGAUUGCUCUUUUGGCUCAAUCGAUGGCUGCUUGCACAGAGCUUGCAUCUCUUGCCUCUUUUACGGAGCGAUACUUCCUUCGGUCGACGGAUCCAUGGCUCCUUCUCUGCAGGGUUCCGAAAUGGGACUUAAAUCAAGGAGCCUGA